CUCCGAGGGGGCGAUCGAGCGAGAUAGACGUCACGGUCUCACAGCCCGCCGUUAGCCCAGCUCGGACCUCACCGGGCCGUGACUUAUUCUUUAGUGGGGUGGGGGGUAAACUGAAGCAUAUUCAAGAGAGAAGCCCGUUUCUUUGGCAGCAGCAGUCCACGCGGGCCACUUUUCUUUCACCUAACCCAAAACAAGUAGUCAGGGUGGAGGCAGGGCGAGCCGGCAAUAACGUAACAUCUGUGACGUAGGCGCCUGCGCCUCCGGGUUGGCCGUUCUGCCUCCACAGUUGGACUGCAGGGCCACUGAGAGACCGGUUGACUUGAACGGAUCUGAAUCCUGGGAUCGAUAUAAGUGUGUGCUGAUGGAAAAGAGGAGGUCGGACUGUCCGGCUCUGCCACCCGGCUGGAAGAAGGAAGAAGUGAUCAGGAAGUCCGGUUUGAGCGCCGGGAAAAGCGACGUCUAUUACUACAGUCCAACAGGGAAAAAGUUCCGGAGUAAACCUCAGCUGUCGCGUUACCUUGGAAACAAAGUGGACUUGGCAUGUUUCGACUUCCGGACGGGGAAAAUGAUGCCUGGCAAACUGCAGAAGAGCAAACAGAGACUCCGACACGACCAACUCAGCCUGGCGAAGGGAGGUAAGCCUGACCUGAACACGACUCUGCCCAUCAGACAGACGGCAUCCAUCUUUAAACAGCCUGUUACCAAGGUUACAAGUCACCCGGGAAACAAGGUAAAGACAGACCUGCAGAGAGCGACUGAGCAGCCCCGACAGCUCUUUUGGGAGAGAAGGUUGAAAGGUUUGCGAUCAUCGGAUGUCUCCGAGGAAGUUCUACGAACGAUGGACCUACCAAAAGUCCUACAGAGUGUCGGCCUGAACUCGAGUGACGAGACUCUGCUGUCGGCCAUCGCGAGUGCUCUUCACAUGAGCUACGCUCCCAUCACGGGGCAGACGUCCGCCGCGGCCGAGAAGAACCCGGCAAUCUGGCUCAACACGUCCCAGCCGCUGUGCAAGGCCUUCACCGUGACCGAUGAACAAAUCCGGGAGCAGGAACUGAAGGUGCAGCAAGCAAGGCGGAGUCUGGAAGAGGCACUGAUGGCAAACACUUUGGCACAAGCUGCGGAAAACAGCAAAGACACGGCAGAAGGGAAGGCGACUUAAAAGUCAAAGAAGAAAGUCCGAGACAGUUCCUCCGUUCACCAGCCUCAGGUUUACCAUCUUCUUCAUCUGGACCGAAACAACAAACCAACCAAAUGGUUGUAACGUUCCUCUUCAGACAAGUCUUUCCCCCUGGGUGACGUCACACCGGCUCUAACGUUAGGGAAGCUUCCGAUUCACGGGAAAACAAAGGGUGCCGCAACACCAGUAAAAGCAACAAUUGUAGCAACAGAGUGCUCUGCUGAAAUAGGGAAAAAAAGAGCAAGCCUCUGAAGUCAUCAAUGAUCAAAACGUUCCGUGAACUUUUAAAUAAGCUCUUAUUGUGUGUCCGUUUUAGACUUUUGAAGUUGUUUUUGUUUUCGAAUGAGCAUCACCCUCAGAUGAAAUCAGGUUGCAAACUGCUGGACGGCCUUUGCUAACUGCCUAACUCUUCCUGUGCUCUCUGAUGAUUUGUGAUGUCCGAAUUGUGUUCAGAUCAAAUCAGGGUUUUUCAUUCAAUAAUGAAUUUCCAUGAAUAUGAAAAAAAAAACUUAUUUAAUGCAAAUUUUAUAUCUUGAGAGAACAGUCUUGUACAUUUUUCGGACUGGCGGAAAUAAAUGAUUAUAUUCGCAAA